CGCAUUACCCAUUGCGUCCGAUUGCGUCAUCCUCUGAUCCCGUAGCUGCAUCGCUUCGAGUGCUAAGGCGCAAAUGGCGUUUUCGUUCACUCGGAUCAUCAGGUGCGAGUAUCGAGAGAGAGCAAACGUUAAUCGUAGUCGACGGAACAUCCAGAAACACGAGCGAUGGCGCCAAAAAACAAGGAAAACAAGCGGAAGAAGCAGCUAGAAGAGCAGGGUGACGAAGACUAUCGCAAACGAAGAGAUCGGAAUAAUCAGGCUGUGAAAAGAUCUAGGGUGAAAAGUAAGUUACGCACGCAACAAACCUUAGAGCGAGUAAAUCAGCUGAAGACGGAGAACGAAUUAUUGGAGGAGAAGAUCAAAAUGCUCACCAAAGAGCUGGGAUUUCUUAAGGAUCUCUUUCUUGCGCAUGCAGGCUCCAGUCAGCACUCUCUAAACAUUCAAGAUUUAGAUCUAAAUGCUCUUUUAGCCGAAGACAAGUCCGCGGAAGACCCGCCGAAGACGACCACCGCUAAACCGUAGACCGGUGUGCAAGCGCCACGUGAAAGAAUCAGCGUGGUGUGAAUCAGAAAUGUUGAAGAAACAUACGUCGGUUCAUUUAAUCGAAGCGUCAAGUGAGUAUCCGUGAAAAGAUGCUCGCUCGAAAAAUUGAUUGAAAAAGAUUUGUUUAGACGCGAUCCAGCGUUGUUUCCUGAAGUGAGCCUUCUCGAUGUGUCAUCAGAAACAAACAACUGUGUAUUGUUAUCGACUAAAUUUUGUAGCUUAACAGGAAUUAAGACAGAAAAGCAGAAACUUACGACGCGGCGAACCGUCGUUUGUUGCGGUGAAGGCGUGAAAAAAGCCAUUUUUCUCGAUGAAAAGUUAGAUAGGUUGAUACUCUGGUGAAUAGAGUACAAAAGACGGCGAUGUAUCGCGAGAGUGUACGGAACAUUGCAUUUUACGAUCUUAUUUCGUACUUUUACGUCUUGUAAGAUAAACCGGUUUACGCGGAAAGCAAGUCGGAUUUGGAAAAACCAUAAACAAUUAUUUAAUCUUUUAUAUAAAUGUAUAUAUGCGGUAUUUAUAUUAUUAUCAUUGGAAGAUAAAUUAUUUUUUAUUAUACUUUAUUGAGAAAUUGUAUGUAAUCAUGGAGUUUAUAGAAAAUGGUACACACACAUAUGGUGUCGUAUUUGCAACAUUUAACAAAUUAAAUCUUCGCUAAUAUCAUUUUGAUGCAAAGACAGCGACACAGUGAUGUCGCACAUUGAAAAACAAGAGAUACGAUUAAAUAAAAAAUAUAUAUAUCUGUUAUCAAAUACAAAAUCGUUAAAAUCUAUUAUAUUUAAGUAGACGAUAUAUCUGAAACACAUUUGUGAGCAUCACAAUGCGUGUAAUUUGAAAUGUAAAUUUGUAAUUACAUUGUAGCAGUUUUAAUUACAUGCAUCCGUUACAUGUAAGAAAUGUCAUAGAUAUUUUACGAUAUUUAACGCACAAAACAUGUGUAAAUAUAUGUGAAAUAAAAUCUUUGUGUAUCUAUCGCGAGCUGGA